UUGUCACGUGACUGUCCCACCCUUCGUGAAGUGUACACAGUUCAAACAUACCAAAAUGGCUGGACGAGCGUCUGUGUUUCUGGAACAGGAUCAGAUUGAUGAAUUGAGAGAGCAGUUUGAUUCGUUGGAUGCCGAUGGAAAUGGCACGAUUGAGCUUGAGGAGAUCGGGCGAGCAUUGGAACUUGCAGGCCUUAAAAUACCGCAAUACAAAGUCCGAAAAAUUAUCGAUGACUUUGAUAAGAACAAAGAUGGAAAAAUAGACAUGAAUGAAUUUAGAACUUUAUACAGUAAAUUAAAGAAGGAAACCGAUGUAUCACACAUAUUCAAAAAAUCUGUCUCAUCGCGAACAGACGUACAACAGCACACUGGUAGUUCAGAUGGUAUCACUCAUUCCGUGAAAGACUCUGAGCGCUACGCCUUUGCUGAUUGGAUCAAUAGAAAUUUAAGCAGUGAUCCCGACUGUGAAGCAUUACUCCCAAUAGACCCAGAUUCAGAUGACCUCUAUACAAAAACUAAAGAUGGUAUCUUAUUAUGUAAACUCAUUAACCAGUCGGUUCCUGACACCAUUGAUGAGAGAACCAUUAAUAAGAAGAAGCCAAAUGUCUACCAGCGAACAGAGAACCACAACCUAGCUCUCAACUCAGCCCGUUCCAUCGGCUGUAACGUGGUGAAUAUUGGCCAUGGGGACUUGGAGAACGGCACCCCACAUCUUGUUCUGGGACUGCUGUGGCAAGUCAUUAGGAUUGGCCUGCUGAGUGAGAUUAACCUGGCCUCCUACCCCGGCCUAGUUCUGCUUCUGGAGGAAGGGGAGACUAUUGAUGACCUGAUGAAACUCUCCCCAGAGGAGAUUCUCAUCCGCUGGGUGAACUACCACCUGCGUAACUCUCCGGAGACAAACAAGCAGAUCGCCAACUUCAGUGGAGAUAUCAAAGACUCAGAGGCUUAUGUGUUCCUGUUGAAACAGAUCUCCCCACGGGAGGCUGGUGUAGACAGCACACCUAUGAUGGAGCCUGAUGGCGAGAUGAGAGCUGAAGCCAUGUUGAAGGAGGCUGACAAAAUCAAGUGUCGGGCCUUCAUCACCUCGAAGGAUGUGGUAAAAGGCAAUUCCAAGCUCAAUUUGGCAUUUGUGGCCAACUUGUUCAACACCUACCCGGCCCUCGACAAACCUGAUGAUAUGGAGAUUGAACUGAUUGAGGAAACAAGGGAGGAGAAAACCUACCGUAACUGGAUGAACAGCAUGGGCGUUUCUUAUGUGAACCGUCUGUACAAUGAUCUGCAGGAUGGGCUUGUCAUCUUUCAACUGUAUGACAUUAUCCAGCCAGGCUCUGUUGACUGGAAGCGUGUUAUCAAGACCUUCAACAAGUUGAAGGCCAAAUUUGAGAAAAUUGGCAACUGUAACUACGCUGUGGAGCUUGGCAAAAAGCUUAAGUUCUCACUGGUUGGAAUUGACGGUAAUGACAUUCACGAUGGGAACCAGACCCUCACCCUGGCUCUCGUUUGGCAGCUGAUGCGCGCCUACACCCUCGCUAUUCUCACCAAGAUGUCUGAUGACGGAAAACCCAUUGAUGAUUCCAUCAUCGUGAACUGGGCUAACAGCAGGCUGCGUGAGAGUGGCAAGAGUGUGUCAUUCAGCACCUUCAAGGAUCAGAGUCUUUCUGACAGCAUGGCUAUCCUACACCUCAUCGAUUGUAUCGCCCCCAAGAAGAUCAACUGGGACUAUGUGAAGGAUUCUGGCUCAGAGGAGGAUAAGAUGGCCAAUGCGAAAUACGCCAUUUCCAUGGGCCGAAAGAUUGGUGCACGAAUCUAUGCUCUUCCUGAAGAUGUUGUUGAGGUCAAAUCCAAAAUGGUGAUGACCAUCUUCGCAUGCUUGAUGGCCGUAGGAUGGAAAAAGGAUCACAAUGAUGAUUGAACACAUCAUUAAAGACAUUUCUGUACUAACUUUAAUAAGCCUUAUGUUGCUAUAUACAAGAAAAAGGGACCAUGUCUAUAUUGUUUCAUUUGUAUAUAUAAAAUAACUAUGUUACGUAAAUCAUAUCCAACUUUUCUAUGAGAAAUUUGUGUUUAUAUUUUUGUAAAAUUGUUUUUUCGGACUACAAUUUCAAUGUUAUAAUAAUUUUAUUUUGUACACCAACUUGACAAAGUAUCUAUUACAGUGAGUAUUAAUUGGUAGCAAAUAAACUUAAUUUACAAUUGUUUUGUUAUGAAAAAAAGGGACCAAGAUAUAUAUUUUGAUAGUUAUGUUUUGUAAUUUUUUGGACUGUUACACAGUACAUACUGUGAUGAAAAUGUAUAUGAUGAUGAGACAUGGCAUAUGAAUUUUAAUUUUGUGAUUAAAACCUAUGCAAUGAUAAUUGUAUUAGAUAGAUCUGCAUAUACAAUGUCUUGUAUAUGAGUACCGUAUAUGUGCAAGUAGCAGUUUACCACUACUUAAAAAGUUGGGAUAGAAAGUAUUUAGACAAGAAACGCCUGUAGAUUAUACAUGUAGAUUAUAAUGUGUUGGGUUAAUGGGAGAAGGUACCAAGUUGCAAAUAUAGACGUUUUUGAUACAUUCUGACUUUAACCCCUCAAAUUAGUAUAACCUGUAUGCUCCUAAAAUAUAUAAGGAAAAAGGUAAUACUUGCUUUUCUGUCUCUUGUAAUGCUGUCAAAAUAAUUUUGUAUAAAUUUUCUAUAAAUAUUCUGUUAUAUAUAUAUUUUUAACUUCUUCUGUUUGUGUAAAUGAGAAAAAACCCUAAGAAAAUUAUACAACUCAGUUUGAAUACUUGUAAUGAAUAUUAAUUUUUCUGAAACUGUACAUACUUAAGGUGACUGGACUAAAUUAAUCCUACUGUUUACAUGUCAUAAACAUCCCAAUGUACGUAUUCUGCAUUAUAGUUACCCUGAAUGUUCAAAUCAUUCCAUUUCUUAGAGAGUCAUACAUGUUCAGGUCUGAUUUUGAAAUAACAAAUAUUCCAUUUAGGCUAGUACAUUCCAAUUCUAUUUUGCACAAAUAGCUACAUGCAGUACAGCAAUGACUCCAUGUUAACAGUUUGUUGGAUAAAGCUCAUUUUAACAUUUUCAACCAUCCCUCUGUAAAGGCAUUAAAAUUUAGUAUGUAGUAGUAUUAUAUUGUUUAGUUUGCUGCCUAUUGUUGGUUCAUUAUGCUUCUUUACUUUCAAAACUCUUUUGGCUAACUAUUCUUCAUAUUCAGUUAUUUACAUGUAUAUUAAUGCCAUUUGAAUAGGAUUCCUGCACUGCAUCAAACAAAAGUUAUAAUGUUCUUUAUAUAUGAUUUUGUAGUUCUUUUAUUUGUUAUCUUGGUUUAUAUAAGAAUGAAACACGUAUGCGCAUAUCAUUUAGUUAAGCCACUUACUAUAAGAAGACAUCCUAUUUUUCCGUUCUUGUUUGCUUGUUUCACAAAUGUAACCGUAGUUGCCUUAUCUGAAAGGUUUGUAUAACAAUAUAUCAUUGUAUGUUGCCAUUUUUACCCAGAUUAGGUUUGUUGUUAAUUGGUUAUUAAUUAAAUGUGAAGGAACAAAAAUAUGCUGCUUAAUUGCAUUCAGUUGCUUGUGCUUAAGGUAGAAAUGUUUACAGUAUAUUGUGUAACCCUGUUGAUUUGUUAUAUUCUAUUGAACAAUACAUACUGUACUUGGAGCUUAUAAGCCAACUUUGAGUGAGAGUCUUAACACAAAUAAAUAUGCUAUACUUUUAA